GUGUUGUAAAAGUAGCUGCAAACGAGAAGAAAUAAGGUGUGUGCCCUUAGAGCUUAUGUCAGAAAAAUAAAUGCGGGAACUCCUCAAGACUCAAGCCCGGUCUGUGUGUGUUACUUGGCCGCUCGGACAUAAAGAAAGGGGGUUAGCCCUGAAGUUUGGUACCAACUUCAGCCCUGCAGCAGAAAAUAAGUCUCCCCGAACUCACAGAGAUCCAUGAUGGAGCAGAUCAGCGACUACCUCUUCAGGUACAAGAACCACAACUUUACCAAGAGAACCACCAGUGCUGAGCACAUUGAUUCUCUUCAAAGCUUUGAGAUCCGUGACAGUGACAUAUUCCUGGUCACUUAUCCAAAGUCAGGCACUAUAUGGGCUCAAAACAUCAUCAUCUCCGUUUUGGAGCGAGACAGUGGUCUACAGGCGUAUCCCUGCAACUGGAAGCACAUGCCAUGGAUAGAGCAUACGGUCAAUGAGGAGGACAUCUCUCUGCGACCUUCUCCGCGACUCUUUACGUCUCACCUCAGGCCCGCUCUCAUGCCUCCAGGCCUGAAGAAUAAGAGGGCAAAGAUUAUCUAUGUGAUGCGGAACCCAAAGGACAACGCCGUGUCCUAUUACCACUUCAACUGUGAUUUUGCCGCCUGGGAGACCCCCAAGAGCUUUGAGGAUUUUCUGGAGAAAUAUCUGGUGGGAAACGUUGCUGGAUCAUCCUGGUUUGAUCACAUCAGGGAGUGGCACUCUGAGAGAGACCAGUACAACAUCCUUUUCCUGACAUAUGAGGAGAUGGUUUUGGACUUGAAGGCAGCAAUAAUUAAGAUUUGUGAAUUCUUAGGGAAAAGCAUCAGUGAGGCAAUGAUUGAUCAAAUUGUUGAGAAAACUACUUUCAAGAACAUGAAGAAUGACCCAAAGGCCAAUUAUCAGUUCCUGCCAAAAGACUUAUUCACAGGACAAUUCAUGCGCAAAGGUAAGAUUGGUGACUGGAAGAACAACUUUACUGUGGCCCAGAGUGAGAGGUUUGAUCAGAUCCUUCAGGAGCGACUGGGUGAUAUGGGACUGAAGUUCAUCUGGGACACUGAGCUGCCACCACAACCUUAGAAGAUGUGUGUCACAGUUUUCUCAGUCCAAGAAAUAAGCAGCUCAAACAUUCAUGGGCCUUGUGGCACCACAUGUCUGU